GCUCACACAGUUCACAGUGCGCGCUGGAGCCAGUGUUGAGAACAGAAUCAAAUAUGGCCGUUCGCAGCGAUAUAAUUAAAUUGUUUCGUUUUUGUAUGUGAAUUAAUUCAGAUUUUUGAUUUUUGAACGAACAGUGUCUAUCAAUGAAAUUAUCAUUAUUGAAUUAGAGUGUAUUUGGUGCGGUUUAUGUGAAACAAUAUAGUAAAUCGGCUUGUUUGUUUGUCAAUUUUUUUUUUUGUAUCGUUGUUUUUGCGAGAGAGAUGAACUUACGGUUUGAGUUGUGUGUGUCGAUUGAAAGAGAGUAAAUAGUAAAAACGAAACGGAGAACGAUAUAAACAAAAGAUGAGAAUGGACCUAUGAGUAGCUUUUGCUCGCCUCACAACUGAACAGCAUCAACACACAAUCUCCAAAUUCUGUGAUCGCUUAUGAUUUGUACCAUUUACCCACAUUGACUAUUUUUUUUUUUGUUUGGUUGCAAAUUUCAUAAACGAAAAAUUUACACAAAAAAAUAAAAGAAAAUAAAUGAAUAAACGAAAUUAUCUGAAAAUAGUGUAAAAUUCGGAGAGUGAGAAAGAGACAGAGCAAAAAGGUUUUUGUGUCAGUGAAUCGGUUUUUGAUUUUGUCGAUAAUUAUUUGUAUUGAAACAUUUCUCGUAACCAUAUUAUAUCAUAAUAAGCUGUUAUACUACUCUGUAUCCAUUUGGUGAAUGCGAAUGAGUUUUCUACAUGUGAGAAACAAAUAUUCCGCAUGAUAACAUAUACAAGUCUCGUUUAUUUUUUCUCAAUGAACAAACUAUGUAGAUGCAUAGACAAUAAGUUUGCCUUUUUGUUAUAGAUACAUUGUGUGCAUUUGAAGAAGAAAAAAAAGUUCGCUUAUGCUAAUAAAAACAAAGAGAUAAAGAGGCAACGAUAGACAACAACUCGUGAAUGAUGGCAUAAUUUUGACGGAAAACCUUUUGAAUACACUAUGAUACAAUAACUCAAUGGGAGCGUAUCAUUAAAAAAAAUACAAACAAAGUGUAACUCGAUUUCUUCAGCAAAAAAAAAAUUGUGUAUUCGAAAGAAAAUCCAUUUAGUGUAAAAUUGUUGCAAAUGGAAAAAAUUCCAUUUUAUUUCAUUGAUUUAAAAAAUAAUAAUAUUAAUCAAGUGAUAUAUGCCAGUGUCUGUUAAAUAAUUGUUUGUUACUCCAUUUAAAUGCUAUCAAUCGCGUUCAACGAACAAUAAGCGCAUAUUUAUACUUCGAUAUAAACGAGACACUAGGUUAAUAAAUAUAUACUUCGAAUUGGCAGAAAAAGGAAACAUUAUCAACGAGGAUAUAAUAUACCGUGCUAACAAACAAACCAACACACACCGAUUAGAUAAUUGUCGUUUACACCCCGAAAUAUUCGACAUUUUUUUUUUUCAAAAGCAUUCGCAUUUCGAAUCGAAUUUUGAUAUAAUACCAACUCAGUGUGUGCGUGUAAGUGAAUAGUAGCAGAGAGAUAUAAAAUACAACCAUCCACCAACGCGAAUUUUCCAUUUAGUCAGGAGCUAUAGCAAACAUUGAUCAAACGAAAUGUGUGAACAAAGUAUCAUUGGAGCUCGUGCCUCUGUUAUGGUAUACGAUGACAAUCAGAAGAAGUGGAUUCCGUCAGGCACAUCAUCCGGUUUGAGCAAAGUGCACAUCUAUCACCAUCAACAGAAUAACACGUUCCGUGUGGUCGGCCGUAAACUACAAGAUCAUGAGGUUGUGAUAAAUUGUUCCAUACUUAAAGGAUUGAAAUAUAAUCAAGCCACACCAACCUUUCAUCAAUGGCGCGAUUCAAAAUUUGUCUACGGAUUAAAUUUUUCCAGCCAACAAGAUGCUGAGGCAUUUGCCCGUGCUAUGCUACAUGCGCUUGAGGUACUAAGCGGUCGAGUGAUACAGCCGAAUGUACCGCCACCGCAAAAUGGAAAUAUAGGCUAUGAUGAAGACAUGGGAUAUCGAACGAUGACCCGUGAAGAUGCCGCAAUGAUACAACAAAUUAGCACACCUUCAACUGUUCAUACACCAAUUUCACAACAACCACAAAAUAGUCAGAAUAUUCCACAAAGUCCACCAAAUGCACAAGGACAUCAUCGUACAAGCAGUGCGCCUCCGCAAGGUUUCGGUCCAUGUGGUAUUCCACCAAAUCAAGGACAGUAUCAUCAGCCACAACAACAACAACAGCCACCACAAGCACCUCCACAACAGCAAGCUGGCACAAUCUACUCAAGCCAAUUAUCUCAAGCAUCCUAUGGCUCAAAUCAAAAUAUGGCACAAUAUAAUCAACCAAUUUAUGUGUCGUCAAGCUCAAAUCAAAGCUUAAACCAACAACAAAUGAAUAGCGCACCAAUUCAAAAUCAAAAUGGCGCAAUAUAUGUGUCAUCCAAUGUGGCCAACCAACCUGGCAUGGUAAUGGGUUAUCAAGCGGUUAAUAAUCAUGUACCCGAACAAGAUAUUUAUGGGCAAACAAAUGGUGCUUCAAAUGCAAAUGGAUAUGGUAACGGUACAGCUAGUUCACAAUAUGGUCAAACUCUGAGCCAAACAGCACCUCCACCACCACCGCCGCCAUUUAAUGCUGCAGGUUUUGCAACAAACGGAUCAGUGCCACCACAGCCGCCAGCUGCACCACCAAUAGCUGGUCCUGCGCCAAGCACGGGUUCAGCUCCACCGCCACCGCCACCACCUCCAAUGGGCUUGAAUCAAGGACAAGGUUCAAUGGAUAUGAGUUCAUUGGCCGCCCAACUGCAACAGGCCAAACUCAAACGAAAUGCCAAAUCAAAUGCAGCGCAGCCACCAGCCGAAAAUAGUGGAAGCAGUACAUCAAGUGGUGGAAGCAAUUAUAGUACUGGCCGAGUGUCAGGCGGUAUGGCAUCAAUGAUGGACGAAAUGGCAAAAACAUUAGCACGACGACGAGCUCAAGCUGAAAAGAAACCAGAAGUCGAUACAAGUAGUGAUCAAACUCGUCCAUGGGAAAAAUCCAAUACAUUGCCACAUAAAUUGAGUGGAAAUGGUAGUGGCGCACAAAAUAGCACAACAAACAACGGCACCACAAGCAAUGGAGCUGAAUCGCCACGACCAUCGAGAAAGCGAUUCGGAAGUGCCAGCGAAGAAACUAUUCUGAAGCAAGUCAAUGGUGAUGGUUUGUCCAUUGCAAAUUCACAUGAGCUCGAGGCACUGAAAGCAGACAUUCUACGCGAAAUGCGAAUUGAGAUUAACAAAGCAACAAAAGAGAUCAUAGAUGUUAUCAAAACGGAAUUCAAUCGAAGGUAAGGAUGAGAGUUUCAUGAUUAGCCAGCAUUUACAAUGAAUGAGAAACCAAAACCGUAAUGGAAGCCCGAUUCCGUUCAACGAUAAGCUAAAAUUGUAUUACAUCUGUCUUCAUCUACUUAUAAUAAGUAAUCCGCAAAUUAAAAAAAGAAAAACAGUGAAAGCAUUCUAAAUACACACAAACACAAAAACAAACAAUUGCUACAUGGCCGAGUUCAUAAACUGAUUGAUAAAUAUUACGACAUUCUAUGCGUAUGCAAUGUGAAAAGCAUUGUUUUUUGAUUUUCAAGUAAAAUGACGACAUUUAUGACUAAUAAAAUUGUUUUUAUUACGAUAUAAGCAGAAUGAACAGAGUAUGCAAAAUUAUUGAAGAGAGCGAGAAAAUAUGUCAAGCACGAUUUAUAUUAGCUUAAAUCAUAUUUUUUGUUGGUCAAAAACAAGACAAGAAAAAAAAGAAGCACUUAAACAAAAACAAAAAAAAAACACACACGCAGAUACAAUAUGCACUGAUUUAUUUUUGAAUCGGAACUAAGCACGUCCAAUAGUGAAUGUGUAAAAUAUGAGCAUUCCAACCGUACCUGCUGUUCAAUGCUGAUUUCUCAGUAUUUCCUCCACGCACACAAACUCUAUUUAAAACAAACACAAAACAAAUCAAACCAGCCACAAUUUACAGUACCAGUACAGUUCUUUCUCUCGAUUAUUUAGAUGCAUGUCAGUCUUUUUUUAUAAAAUCGCGUUUUUUAAUCGUCAUCGUCGAAUUUCGAAUAAAUCAGUAACUUAACGAGUUUCAAAUUAAUGAAUACAUACCGAUAAAAUUUAAAACGGUUGAUCCUAUUGAUAUACACACAGACCUAACAAACAAAAAAAUAUACGACAAACCGAGAUUAGAAUACAUAACGAUUAGCCUAUACAAUUAAAUGAAAUAAGAAGACAAACAGAAAAAAAAUAUCUUGAAACACACCAAAUUGGAGUAUAAAUUAGGACCUAAAACAACGUGUUAGUAAUUACAUUUUAUACAAUUUAUAGUUAAAAUAAAACAUCGUUAACAAAUGUCGAUUUAACAGCUGAACAAGACAAAAAAAACUAUAUGUAAAUCAUUGAAUUUGGCGAAUACCAGAUUCCGACUCGAUUUUUGCAUUAAAAACAAAACGAAAACGAACAAUGAGAGCUAAAACAUUGAAGAGAACAAACAUUACGAUCGAAUGGUUUUUCCAUAGAAUUUAAAAUAAAUUUUUUAUGGUGUUUGCGUUACCACGAUGAUGAGCAUCAACACUGUGCAUCUCUCUGUCCCUGUCUCUAUCUCUCUGUCUCUUUAUCUAUCUCACUAUGUCGUCUGACAUUAGAAUAAUCUCUAUUUCAACACAUAUUGUUGUUGUAUUGCUUGUGUUUAUUUUCUCGCCUAUAAUUGUAAUUUUUUUUAAACCGUCUGAUAUUCGCCUGUCUUCAUGUCAACAGGCCCACGCCACAUGCAUACACAAACACACGAAAAAGACAAACAAACUAAAAAAACAAUCUCUAGAUGAAAUUACUCAAACAAACCAGAAGCUUAAUUAUCAAAAAUUAAAUCGACACACACACACACCCAUUUUAUAUAUAAUUUAUUAGCAUCGAUUCUCCAAAUGAUGAGAGAGAUCUUAGAUUUAUAUUGUACUUCCUAUUAUUAUAUAUUAAUUGUAUAAUAAUAAACUAUGUAAACGGAUGAUAUUUAAGAUGACAUAUUGUAUAAAACAAAAGCAGAAAAAAAAUGUGCAUUUUACAUACAAAUACAAAAAAUAAACAAAAAAAAAAACACUAAAAAUAUCAGCUACAUUAAUAAACCGUAUUAACAUAAGGUGCAGCCUAUUUCUUAGCACGAAACUCAAACUUUGGCCAAAUACAUCAUAGUUUUGUGGUUUGGUUAAUUCCGUUCAAUAUCACACACGCACACACACACACACACGAAAUUGUAAUAUGUGUUUUUAUUUUGAACGUGGACAAAAAAAAACUGUUGAGUUUCGUGCAUAAAUAGACACUUCCUUGAUAUAUGUUUUAAAAAAAAUUAAACUAUUUCAUAAAUCGAAUACCGUAUUUAUACCAACUUAAAUAUAAUAUGUUACAAUCGUACCCGUUUUAAUACAUUUUCACGAAUACGAAUCAUAAGCAACAAUUUAUACACAAAUUGGAACUAGUUGUCGUUAAAUCAAACUUCCUUCACAUUUUUCGUUUUCAUUCAUCAUUUAUAUUUUUCUCGCUCCGACUUUUUACAAAUACACAUGCCGAAUGUUACAGUUUUUUGUGCAUAUUUUGUUAUUUAUACUUCUCUUCUCAUAACUAGCUCAUAAAUGAUCUUUGAAAAAAAAAAGAAAAGAAAACACAAAAGAAUUAUGUGAUUUGUUCUUUGUAUUAACAACUUUUUUUAAAAUUAUUUUCAGUCGCUUAUAAGAUAUGUCAAUUUUUUAUUUGUCAAAAAAAAAUUCUUUCAAAAACAUAAAACAUAUGAGCUGCUAGCCUAAAUCGAUGUCAUAGAUAAUGGACGAACUGAUUUUUACUAAAUUAAGCUUAAGUAAUCAAUUUUGUCCAAUAUAUAAACGUAUUAAAUUCGAAUGGAAAAUGUUAAAUCUCAUGGAGUUGUAUGGUUUUUAUACACCAACUCUUCCCCUCUAUCAUUCUUUUAACAUACAAUUUUGAUGAUGAAUUGGUACACAUUGUUUUUAAGUAUUGACUCUUGUAAUACAUUUUUUUUUUCUAUACAUAAACAUUUUCUAAACGAAAAAAAUCGGUUCGAAAUGUGGCACAAAUUGGUCAAGACGGUGUUUUUUUAUUUAUGCUGUCUCAAGUAAAAAAAAA